UUUUGUUUUUAUAUUUGUUUAUUGGUCGGAAAUGUGUUACAAAAAAUCCGAUUCGUCAUUUAGAAAAUAUUUUAAAAAAAGAUUUAUUUGUUUUCCAUUGGCUUUUUUAACCUUGUGUCUUUUUGUAAAAUAUUCGUUAAAAACUGAAAACGAAAACGAUUACAAUGAUUCGUCACCAUCUAAAUGUCUAUUUUGCGGAAUUGCCAGCGGUAGAAUAACACCUCCAAAGCUCGAAUUUGAAAACGAUGAAUAUGUGAUAUUUAAGGAUAUAAAACCCGCUGCUACGUAUCAUUAUUUGGCUAUUCCCAAACAACAUUUUGAUAGCCUAAAUGUGCUUAAUAAAUCCCACGUAGGCUUAGUUGAGCGCAUGCAGAAUGGCAUGAUUCAGUUUCUUGCAUCAAAGGAUGUAGAUAUAUCAAAGUCAGUGAUCGGUUUUCAUGUUCCUCCGUUUAUUUCGCAAAAGCAUUUGCAUCUACAUGGGAUUUCACCUGUUUCGGAAAUGAGCUUUUCUGAUCGGAUUAGUUUCAUGAUCCCGUCAUUUUGGUUUAAAUCGGCCAAUAGUGCAAUUGAAUCUUUACAACACGCUGAUCCCUAAUUAUGAUGAAGAUCGAGUCGAGUUUUUUUGUUUUUAAUAAAAAGCUUUUAAAAACUAUGAGAUAAUGUGGCGCUCUUGUUUUCAAUGAUAUAGGGAAACAAAACCAAUCCCCCGCCAAUCGGUGAAGGGUUGUUCAUUAAUUGAACAAGAAUUUGAAAAUUGUAACUUUCUAACUUUACGUCGUGGCAUUUGCCAUG